AUGGUCACAAUGGAGCCAUUAACAGAUGAUGAAUGGGAUGAUGCGGAUAUGGAUGAUUCAGAUUUAGAAGAACUGCUCAAAAGGAAACAACAACUCGAACAACAAUUGCAACAAUGCGGUCAAAACGGUUUGGAGAACGGAGAUGAGGAUGAGAGUUUAAAUGGAGAAUUGGAAGAUCAACGCCUUAUCGCAGCGAUCGAUGAUGGUGGAGAUGAUUCAGAUAAAGAUCAACUUCUUGGUCGAGGUGUUGGCGCUUCGAAAAAAGAGGCAAAGCGAUUAGCUGCUCAAGAAGCUGUAAAGCUAUUCUACUUCAACGCGCCGAUUCGUUUCAAUUCUGAUGGAGUGGCGAUUCUGGAGAACGAGGAGAAGAAGCACGAGAUGAUCGAACAAGCGGCGGAGAACCUUUUUGAUGACAUUGCUUUGGAUGAUCCAAAGGUUUCUCUACUAGCUCCACAAGCCGCAAUACCAACUCCUCUAGAGCUGCUAAAGCUCAUCCUGCAAAAAACCUCCAAAUACGCGAAUCUGAAAUUGGAGUGGAAAGACGGGAAACGCUUCGGGAAAUCGAAAUUCCAAGUUUGCUUGAAGUUGGACACGUUUGAGGUAAAGCAAGAAGCCGAGAAAAGACAAAGCGCCGAGCAAUUGUGUGCCCAACAUGCGCUAAAAUAUCUCCACCGGGAUACUGAGAUCACUUCCUAUGGAGCGUUGUUGAAAAUUUAUGCCCAAGAUCUCAAGCAGCAAUAUGAGGGAAUAAAAGAGCAGAAAGAGGUCACGAAACUUCAAACAACUCAGGUGAAU